CGGUGUGGCGGACCGGGCCGGCUCAACCUCCGCUCGAGUCCACUCCGGUCCUCAGUCCCCAAGGAGACCUCGCUCCGGCCGCACUCUGUCCGCGCAUCGGGAGGCAGAAGCUUCGACAGCUUGGCCCCCCCGUCCGAUCCGGCUUUGCUCAGUUUACAUAACCCGUGUGCGACCGACAAAGCAGCGACGUGCGCAAGCGCGAAACUACCGAUUUGUGCGAUUUUUACUCGAUUUUUCGCGUUUCGCCGGCGCGCGUGAGAAGUGCUUUGUUUUGGUGCCGCGAGGGCCCUAUCCGAGUGUGAAGUGAAAGCCAGGAGCCCGGCAGAGCAACGGUGUUGAUCGUGCCCGGGUCACACCUCCCUUGAUCGCUCCUAUGCCAGCAAGGACGCCCAACCCGUGCCCCAGUGAAUGCCACCCCCGCGCACCACGACCCUCCUCCCCGUCAGCUGCUAGCGCCCCCGGCGGCGCCCCCCGCAGCGCCCCCCGCCACCAGUAGCAGCAGCGCCAGGAUGGAGGCGCCCGUGGCCACCCUGGUGGUGGCCGGCGUGCUGCUGCUGGCCUCCGCCGUGCAGAUCACUGCCUCCGCCACGACCAGCUCCGCCACCGUCACGACCACCACGCCGACCACGGCCGCCCGGCCCUCCGCAACAGGCCUCGAGUUCUGCGACGUCCCUCAGCCCCUCCACUUGGUGGCCGGCUCGCAGAAGUCCUCGACGAGGCUGAGGCUGUCGCCGCCCCUGCUGCAGCGGCCCUGCCGCCUGGAGGUGACGGCGCCGGCCUCCAACGACCUCCGCCUCGAGCUGGUGCCCGUCGUCCCCGUCGUGGAGGCGGACGCCACCCCUGACGCCCAAGAGAUCCCGGACGAGAACGACGACGCGUACGACCGCCACCGCCUCGCCCUGUACGAGUUCCGCGACGCCCUCGCCGCCCGGGACCGCAAGGAGGACGACAGCCGCGCAGCGCACCGCAGGGGCGCCGCCAUCACCAACCCGGGCAUGGAGGCCGUCAGCCUGGUGCGCCAGGACGCCGAGCGCCGCGGCAGCACCGCCAACGCCUCCUGCAACCUCGCCCUGUACGUGCAGGGCGAGGUAGCGUGGGCCGUGGACCUGUGCGACCCCAAGGCCAUCGCGGACGCCAACCACCCCGACAGCGCCUUCGCCAAGAUGCCCGGCCCGCUGACCCUGGUGUGGACGCCGCCGCGGCCGGGACUCGCCCUGCGCGCGGCCGCCCUCAGCAUCACGGCCGUGCGGAAGGAGGUGCCCGCCGACAACGCCUGCACGGUGGGCGCGGUCAAGCUCGCCGGCAGAGGCCUGGAGUCCGCCAUGGCCCUGGAGCUGCUCGACCGCCGGGCGCCCGAGGACCGCGCCGAGCCAUGCCGCGUCACCGUGGAGGCGCCCAGCAGCUACCUGCUGUCCCUGCUGCUCGUCAAGGUCGCCGCCGAGGCCGACUCCUCCUCGUCGUACUACUCGUCCUCCGCCGUCUCUAACGAGAGCGACGGCGACCUGGUGGAGGACGAGGAGAACGCCGCGACAGAGGACGCCGCGGCCGCGACGACCAGACCGACCUGCGGACUGAAAGUGAUUCUGGGCUGCUCGACGGAGCUGUGGACGGUGGAUCUGUGUGACCCCGCCGAGGCCGCGGCGCUCAACACCACCGAGCUCUUCCCCAACAACGUGACCCUGGUGUGGACCUCGCCGACUCCAACCGUCCAGAGGGGGUCUCAGCGGACGCCUCAGACGACGCCGCAGUUCGCCGCCACCGUCAUCCUCACCGCCAUCGGGAGAGGUAUACCGCGCAAUCAAACUUGGACAUGAAUAAGAGAUGCGAGG